ACCUCUCCGGAAGUGUUUACGUUGGUCUAGAAGGCUUGACGCUGUCUUCCGGUGUUAGCUUCUGUCAAAAUGGCUCGUCUAUUACAAUUUCAAAUUGCAGUUGUUUCGAUUGUUGUGUUAGUCUUAUGUUCGGAAUUCGUAUAUUGUAAUAAUGGCAGAAGGGUUGGCGAUGUCAUGGACACUGAAUUCAGUGGUUUCUCUGUGCCUCUUGAGCACUCUUUUGAAGUCGAUGAUGUAGCAAAGUUUCAAGUACGAGGAGCCCUGGUGUUGAAAGCUGGAAGGGAGCCCAGUGUCUCACUAACUCAGAACCAGCUAUCAGAGGAAGACAGAGCCAAGCUGAAGGAAGUGGCCGCAGUCGACGGCUUGUACAGAAUCAGAGUGCCUCGUGUUUUCCUGCAGGCGGACAGACAGACGGAGCGGCAGAUGGAGGGUUACCUCACAGCAUUUGUCCGAGCCUGUGCCAUGGUUGAGUCCCAUCUGAGCGACGUCAUCACCCUCCACUCUGAUGUGUCCGGGUAUCUCAUCGGCGUUUCAAUAGUGACGUUUCCUGGAGCCUGUCGGGGCACUGAGGUUGAGGAUGAGGUUGAUCUGGAGGUUUUCAACACCACACUCAGCAUCCUGGCUCCGGUCAAUGCACCAGGACCUGAGACGGCUCUGUUCCUGGAGCGCAUGGAACAGGAAACUGAGAAGAAAGGGAAGAAUCCACAAGAGCAGAAAUCUUUCUUUGCUAAAUAUUGGUAUUUGAUUCUGGGAGGUGCAAUCUUCCUCAUGGUCAGCAAUUCAGCACAGCCCCCAGCAGGGGGAGGAAGAGAGCAGAGCUGAUUCCCACUGAAUGGAUGUACAUCGUGCCUCUUGUCCUCUUCCUGAUGAUGUCUGGCGCUCAGGACCAAUCGGGUGGCGGAGCCGGUGGUGGAGCAGCCAAUGGAGGCGGCCGGUGAUCAACACGAUAACAGCUUCUAAUCUUUCUUUAGAUUUACUGAACAAUAACUCACACUUGAACAGUUUUUAAUUGCUAUUUAAUGAGGAUAAAUGUCACACAUACAGCUUAAACUUGUACAGUGUAAGAGGAGAUAUUGUGCCCCGCAGAUGACUGCAAUUUUUACUACUAAUGUGAAAAUAAAGUAUUUAUUACUUGA